AUGUCUUUUCCGGUUCUUGUGGUGCUGCUGGUGGUGCUGGCUCCGAUUUCAGAGCCCAUAAGGGCAGAGACUAUAAAGCAAUCUGUUUCUCAGAGUGCGGAUGUUCCAAUAGAAACUUUAUCAGCAAAAAAUUGGCACAGCAAAAAUUCUAACGAGUCGACUUCUUCAAUUGUGGAUAACUUACAGGAAAUUUCGAGAUUUGAGGAAACUAAUACCCUGAAUUUGCGACAGCUUCCAAAUUCAUAUAAGGAUCUGAUCGUGGAUCGCCUGCAGGAUCAGUUGCGUCAGCUGUUCAUCGGCCUGCCCCUGGAUAUAGCCUUCUCCACCCUAAACUAUAUAUGCAGCACCAUCGUCGAUCUCGGCGUGGUGAGGUCCAAACUCAUUCCGGAUGUGUCGCGCCUGAGGUUUCUGCUUCGCACCGAAUUCGAGUGCCGGAAUGUCAGUAUUCCUCUGGCUCAGGCUAAGGACCUGUGGACCACUCCGGGAUUUUAUCAGGAUCGACCUACGGUCUUGUUUAUCACCGGCUGGAGGACGAGCAUCAACGAUUCGAACAGCGGACCCGUGGUCAAGGCCUAUGCUUGUCGCAAUGAUACCAAUGUUUUGGUUCUGGAUGCAGCUGACUUUGUGGACACCCUGUAUACAUGGUCGGCCUUGAAUACCGAGGUUAUUGGGGCCAGUCUAGCCAAGGCCCUUCUCCAGCUGAACCGGACUUAUGUGACCAACCAGUUGCAUUUGGUGGGUCACAGUUUGGGCGCCCAGAUAGCAGGAUCCGCAGGUCGGAACUACCGGCAAAUGUCGGGGGGAUUGGCCCUGAGGCGAAUAACCGGACUGGACCCGGCCAAUCCCUGUUUCUACGACGGCAACGAUCUGGAGGGAUUGCGGAGUGGAGAUGCCCGGUUCGUGGACAUUAUCCACUCGAAUCCCGGCAUGCUGGGUUCACCGAAAAGAGCCGGCGAUGCGGAUUUCUUUGUCCAGGGGCGGAUUCCAUUCAAGGCGGGCUGCGAGGGCCUUACGUCCAUUAGCUGUUCGCAUCAGCGGGCCGUGGACUACUGGACGGAAACGGUUUAUCCCACGAAUGCGAACGACUUUCUGGGCAGGCAAUGUGAUCGCUAUUCGGAGCUCCUACUUGGACAUUAUUGCCGGGACACGCGGACCGUGAUGGGCUAUGCCGCCAAGUCCACGGAACUGGGCCUGUUCUACGUGGGCGCCAAUGGAGCGGAGCCCUAUGGCCAGAAUGCCAAUCCGCAGACCUUCACCCACUCCAAUACUGCAUGCGGAGCCUGUUCCUAA